AUGGCAACAGCAUCUUUAAUCAUGUUAAUUAAUCUAUCGUUUGGCAUCGGAACCACUCUAUAUUUACUCAAACUUAGAAAUUCUUCUCCACCAUCAGCAACUUUUUCCAAAGUACACACCUAUAUCAUUCAAUCGAUUUCAAUGAUGUAUCGUUGGUGUUUAGUUGCAGCAAGUUUUGAUCGAUAUGCUAUUACAUCAACUGAUUUAUGUUUAAGAAGUUUCGCACGAAUGAAUAUAGCUCGUCGUACUAUUGCUGUAAUCAUAGUUGCCUGGAUUGUGUUUCCUAUGCAUAAUCUUAUCUAUAAUACGGCCAAUAUGAAUUCAAAUAAUUUUACAUACAAUACUGCACUAUUAUACUAUCAUAGUAGUUUUACAGUUGUUGCUGGAUGUAUUCUACCAGCUUCAAUCAUGAUUAUCUGUGCAUUUUUAACAUACCAUAAUCUUGUUCUUAAACGAAAACGUCGUCAAAAUAUGGUGACUCCUCAUGCACGCAACAAUAGUGAUGUCAAAUUACUCGAACGAAAGCGUGAUCGUCAAGUUUUACUAAUAUUAAUUGUUCAAGUCGUUGUCUUUGUCAUAACGAUUAUUCCCUUGACGGUCUCUCACUUUUACAAUGCUGUUGCACUCAAUAUCAGAAACAAAUCAAUCGAACGAAUAACAAUAGAAAGAUUUGCUGCUUAUUGGGCAUCACUGAGCGUUUAUUUGUUUCCUACUUUAUCAUUUUAUUUAUAUACAAUGACUUCUAGUAUUUUUCGUGAUGAACUAAAGAAAUUAGUACGACUUAUAUUACGAUGUGGUUGCAUACGUCGGAGUGUACGUAUUGCACCAGCUGCAAAUCAAACGCAAAAUCGAGCAGCAACUAAACAUUGA